UCACACAAAAAAAUAAAAUAAAAAUCCAUUGACCGGAGUCAAAAUAGAGAGGGAAAAAAAAUAAAAAUAAAAACAUUGCGCCCAAAAUAAACGAUACAGAUAGCAGUUGAGAAGGGGUUUCGUUUUCCGUAGAUAUAUGUAAAUGCAAGCAAGGUGGUGUGGUGUCCUGUACUAAUUCCAAGGUCCUUCAGAUAUCUACUUGCAGAUGUACGCUAAGAUUUGUUUCAGAGUCUUUUGAGAAGCAGAAGCUCCAUUCAAGUCCAAGUGCAUGUCAACGUUCGGACUUUGGAGAGAGACCCCCAACUCGGUCUCAGAGAUUGUCAGGCUUCGAGUGACACGGGAAACAGAGAGAGUAAUUAUGAACGGGACCUGUGAAUAAUAAUAAUAUUAUUAUAUAAUAAAUAAUACUUAGCAUUAUUACGGGCUUGGCUCAGAGGUUUGCCCAAUCUUUCAAAAUUGACAGAAAAAGCCAUUUUUGUGUAACCGUUACAUCCCACGCGUCCAACUCCCUCUUCUCUAAUUCUCAGCUUUGUCGCCGCCGGGAAAAUAUGUCGGCAGAGGGCAGAAACACGGGCUGGAAUGGAGUGCAGGGUGUGCACUAUCCUGCACCACUUGCUUCCCAUGAGGACGUAGUCAAGGACCCUAUUGUUUUUUGGGACACUCUCAGGCGCUUCCAUUUUUUGAUGAAUACCAAGUUCAUGAUUCCUGUUAUCGGUGGAAAGGAGCUAGAUUUGCAUAUUUUAUAUGUGGAGGUAACAAGAAGGGGUGGCUUUGAGAAGGUUGUUGCAGAGAAGAAAUGGAGGGAAGUGGGUACUAUUUUUAUGUUCUCCCCAACAACAACGAGUGCGUCAUUUGUGUUGAGGAAACACUACUCUUGUCUUCUAUAUCACUAUGAACAGGUUUACUUCUUUAAGAUACAAGGUCCUCCAUGCACCCCAACAGUUGCAUCUCCUGUGAGCUCGUUCAAACCCGAAUUGGCUAUUGUGCAAUAUUCCUCUAAAGCGAUAAAAGAUUGUCCGGAUCCGCUUAUUGAAGGAAUUGGAACAAUUGAUGGGAAAUUCGAGUGUGGUUAUUUGGUGUCUGUGAAGUUGGGUUCAGAGAUCCUCAGUGGAGUACUCUACCAUCCAGAACAGCCAGGAACUUCUAUCCCAAUUCCACAAUCGAGCAAUGCGCUUGUACCAUACACUGGCAAACCUCGACAUGUGCGGAGGAGGAGAAGCAGAAGAAGGGGAGACCCCAACUAUCCAAAACCAAAUAGGAGUGGUUAUAAUUUCUUCUUUGCUGAGAAGCAUUAUAAGCUCAAAUCCCUCUUUCCAAAUAGAGAACGGGAGUUCACCAAGAUGAUUGGCGAGUCUUGGAGCAACCUCAGUCCAGAAGAGAGGAUGGUUUAUCAGAAUAUUGGGUUGAAAGACAAAGAAAGGUACAAAAGAGAGUUGAAAGAAUAUAAAGAGAGAAUGAAGGUCAGGCAGACAGUGGAAGUCAACCGAGCUGGUUAUUAGUGCUGAAGAGCUGUUAAGGAGGAUCAAUUACUGGAAUGAACUGUAUAAAUCUAGAUAGAGAAUUGUUAGAAACCUGUUGUUCAAACAUGCAUUUUCUCUUAUAUCUAACCGCUAAUACGAAAAGCAGUCUGCUACUUUUUCCUGCUUUUUGCUUGGAAAAGGAUGAUUCAUUUUUGUGCAUUAAAACAUACUUUUGGCAAA